GUACACAUGAAACCGAUUGCCUUAAUAUAAAUGAAUGAGAAAGCAAACAAGAUGUUGAAUCAAUUUCCCAGCAAAGGAAAUCUUGUCAUUUUAUUCAGAAACCUCCAAAAUAUUGUCCCAAAUGGAGCCCAGAAAGCAAGAAAGAUUUCAAGAAAUAGCCUCUUUAUAAAUAGACCGAAUUUGAAAUUCAUGUAAAGUACCUUCGAGUCUAGUCUCAACAGAUAAUAAGCCAAGAACAUUAAUUUAAGUGGGGAAGACCCAUAGUAUACUGCCAAGAUCUUGGACAACAAUCAAAGGAUAUUUUUGGACUGUUAUACACAUUAUUAGUUUAAGGCCAUAAGAUUCUAAAGUAUAUUUUACAUUUUUAAACUUCAUAGCCAAUUAACCUAAGAGACAUAAAAUGAAAUGAAGGGACUAGCUGAAUUUACGACAUAUUUCACAUGAAAAGUCAAUCUUAGUGGAUAGAAACACACACAGAAACCAAGGGUAUGAUGAACUACUAUAACAGGCUCUCUUCUAGAUAUUCAGGAACAUUUGUCUUAUAAGUUAUGUUGCUCGGAUCCUCCAAGAAUGUCACCAGGUGUGUGUCGAAUCCUCCAAAAGUAAUGCAUUUUUGGAGGAUUAGCUACGGGUGUUCCGACAUUUUUCGAGGAUCCGAGCAACAUAGCUUUAUAGUACAUUAUUUCCCAUUUCAGGUGUGGGACUCCCUUCCUGUAUUCCCAUUUCAAAUGCUGCUUUUUACUCUAUGAGAUAGAUAGAAUGUAAAGAAGAAGACACUCAAUCAACUGUGAUGUAAAAAGAUAGCAUCCCAGUUCUUCAAGGUUAAAAUUAUUUAGAAAAAGAACAAUGCAAACUCUAUUUUGUUUCCUUGUGGGACAAUCCAAAAUAUCUGACCAUGCAUAGAGGAUAACAAGUUAACUUUGAAUAGAAUGGGAAGCUUUAUAAAUAUUACUCACAUUUCUUCUUGAAUAUCCAGUACUUUCUAGUUUGGGGUAAUGGAGUUAUCUAAACUCCCUGGAGGCACAAAAGAAUGUAGCAGCAGUGAGUCCGGAUGGACAAUGUAUAUUGCUUCACCUACUCAUCAUUAUCACUGUGAAGACGAGGACGAUGAUGAUGAUGAUGACAGAACUUCGAUGAAGAGAGACAAGAAUCUUUACGAUGAUGAUGAUGAUGGUGAAGAUGUCGGAAGUGAUGACUCCUUAGUUUCGGAUGCCUCGUCUGGUCCAGGUCAUCAAGAAGUAUGCACAACCAUUGAUAAAAGUCAUGGAAAGCUUCGAUUAAAGCAUGCCGAGAAAGAAACAAAGAAGUUCCCAAGAAAGGAAUACAACAGAGAAGUGAAGAAGAAACUGUUUGAUAUGAAUAUAAAAGCAGCAAAAGAAGAUUCAGGACAUAAAUCAAAGAUCAGAAUAGAUUAUGCAUCGAGCAGAUCAACAUCUAGGAGAAAAUAUGUGAAUUGAGGGCGACGCUGAGACCCUAUUUCACUGAAAAUCCUUCUACUUUGAUUCUUCAUAAAAAAUAAUGUCAAGGUUUAAGACACUAAUAAUUUUCCUUUUGUCUCAGCUACUAAUCUCCUCAAGAAGGGACCUUCAAUGAUCAUUGUAAGUACAAGAAAAGGAGCAAAAGUCUAUGGAAAUUGCUGUGAGGGAAGCAGAAACCAGUUUGUUAGUUUUCUUGUUUUUAUAAAUAUUUUGAAGCUGGCAGUUAAACCCCUAUAACUGACAGCGGAAGGAACCUCAUCUGUUAUAGAACUACUACAUCAAUGAAAUAAAGAAAAAUAUGUCUUUUUCUUUCCCUAAAAUUGAAAGUAAGAUAGAUACCAAACAUUGGCAGUUUAUCUUGCUUAGUACAGAUAUGAAUG